AUAGAGGCUGUUCAAUGACUGUGUAUACACAACAGUGCAUAACACUGUGUAACAUACUACAGUACAAGGGGAAAAUAACGGCUUCACAUUAGCUGACAGCCUGAUUGAAGUAUAUCAAAUUUUGUGUGUUUGUGUGUUUAAUCAUAAUAAGUCAGUCAUGAGACGAAUGGAGAUUUAUCAUGACCUAGAAAAUUCGGAGUUAGACGACGUUUUUCCACCGACAAACUCUGUGAGUUCCGAGAUGGAUUCUAGUACAGUUAAAAGUGUUGGUGUUAUUGAACAACUAUUGCAAAGUCAAUGUGGAAAUGGUUCAGGUGAUCUUACAGAUACAAGGGGACACCUCGGACAGACCUCCUUGGAGAGUCUUCACUCUAAUGUUACCAGAUCACGAUCUUUUAAAACAAAAAAUAGCUCAUUCUUCAGUUUGGGACGGUCACUGUCACUAAAACGGGAACCAGGAACAGGGCGUGUGUUCAGUUUUGAUGUUGAGAAUGGUACGGGUCCCGGCGGCCAUGGCCUCGAGGGUUCCAGCCCAUCAGGGAAUCGUCUGGUACUACAAAACCUUCCUCAACGCCGAGAAUCCUUCCUCUAUCGCUCCGACAGUGACUUUGACAUAUCUCCCAAGUCUGUAUCGCGGCAUUCCUCCAUGCAAAGUGAAAUACAUGCUGACGAUUUGAUUGUCACACCGUUUGCUCAGAUCCUGGCCAGUCUUCGGAGUGUCCGCAACAACUACAUCACACUCACAAACAUCCAAGUUUCUAGAGAAAGGACGAGAGGCAGUGCCGCUACAAGUAACAGUCCACACAAUGCUCAUAAUAAAACGUCCCAAACCAACUGUCAAAACUCUUCCCAGAACAACAAACUGGCAGAUGAGAACUACACCAAACUGGCCAUGGAUACCUUAGAAGAGCUAGACUGGUGUCUUGACCAGUUAGAAACCAUCCAAACUCAUCGGUCAGUUAGUGACAUGGCGUCUAGCAAGUUUAAACGGAUGUUGAAUCGAGAAUUGAGUCAUUUUGCAGAGUCUAGCAAGUCAGGAAACCAAAUAGCGGAAUAUAUCUGUAGCACAUAUCUAGAUAAGCAACAGGAACUGGAUUUACCGACAUUCAAGGUAGAAGACCAUAAGGAUCAGCCAAUCAGAGAGGAGAAAGAGGUAACGCCAGACUCCGAACGAAGGCCGAUGACAAAAAUAACAGGUGUCCGCAAAUUAAAGCAUGCCAACAGUUUCACAGGAAUUGUACCGAAGUUUGGUGUGGAGACAGCUCACCAGGAGGACCUUGGUCAGUAUCUUGAGGACAUAAAUAAAUGGGGCAUUGACCUUUUCAAAAUAUCCGACUUAUCCAACAAACAACCUCUAACCUGUGUUACAUACAUGAUAUUCCAGGAACGAAAUUUAAUGAAAACCUUUCAGAUCCCUAACACUACCCUAGUCACAUAUUUAAUGCAUCUUGAAGAUCAUUACCACGCAGACGUACCCUACCAUAAUUCCAUGCAUGCAGCAGAUGUUGUGCAAUCUACGCAUGUUCUUCUUUCAUCACAAGCUCUUGAGAAUGUGUUCACAGAUUUAGAAGUCCUUGCAGCCAUAUUUGCAUGUGCAAUGCAUGAUGUUGAUCAUCCUGGUUUAACGAACCAGUACCUUGUUAACACUAGUUCAGAACUUGCCCUCAUGUACAACGACGAAUCUGUCCUGGAAAAUCAUCACCUGGCUGUAGCGUUCAAACUCCUGCAGGAAGAAAACUGUGACAUUCUCUUUAACCUAACUGGCAAGCAGCGACAAACCCUACGUAAAAUGGUCAUUGACAUGGUUUUGGCUACGGAUAUGUCUAAACACAUGAGCUUGCUGGCUGACUUAAAGACAAUGGUGGAAACAAAGAAAGUGGCAGGCUCUGGUGUUCUUCUACUGGACAACUACUCUGACAGAAUACAGGUGUUACAGAACAUGGUUCACUGCUCUGACCUCAGUAACCCCACCAAGCCUCUCCAGAUGUACAAGAUGUGGGUGGAUCGAAUCAUGCAGGAAUUUUUCCUGCAGGGAGACCUUGAACGGGAAAAAGGUCUGGACAUCAGCCCCAUGUGUGAUAGACAUACAGCCACCAUUGAGAAAACACAGGUGAGCUUUAUUGACUAUAUCGUCCAUCCUCUAUGGGAGACCUGGGCAGACCUCGUGUUUCCAGAUGCUCAAGAAAUUCUCGACACGUUGGAGGACAACCGGGACUGGUACAUGCGGAUGAUUCCCAUCAGUCCGUCAUCAAGCUUCUGUUCUUCCCGGGAUAAAGAAGAGGAAACACGCUUUCAAUUUGAUCUGGAGGAGGACAGAGAUACGCUGAGUCAGGAGUCCGACGGGGACACCCCAGUGACGAUAAAAUUUCCCAGUAGUGCUACAAAUACUGGAGCCAGUUCAAAAUGACAGAAAAAUGUGUGUGUUACCGUGACAACAUUCAUCUUGUGAUAAAAUGGCUGAUUGAUCCCGCAGGUGUUGAUAGCUUGUUGGGGUGAAUUGGUCAACCCCCUCCAUAGACUGGAGAUAGUAUUCAUCCAGAGGAUGCAUGUUUAAUCCUCGACAGAUAAGGUGACUUAUCGGGACUGUUAAUACAAAAUGCCGAAUGCCAUUUGGUUAUGGCUGGUCCCCCAAAGCUUCCUUUGUCCGAUCGUGAUAGUGAUCACGAAAAAACACAACAGUCUAAAUGUUUGUUUUGAAACAUUCGUUAGAUCUCAGUAAGUUGUUACUCUUUUUAUUUUUCAUGUUUUAAAAACAGAAUGCUGAAACCUGAAUGAAUCUCGGUGCCAAGACAUUAUUACGUAAAUUAUUUAACCUUGAGUCAACACCCUUGGCCAAGGUCAUGCCAUGUCCCAGUAUGUCAGCUACUGAGUAUGUCAUACUAACAUUAAGGCCAUUUGAUAUUAAACUCUCCAGGGUAUUGUGUUUGGCAUGCAGGAGCUAGGCAUCAGGAUUGAUUGACAGAAGGUAUAUGUUCCAGUCAGCUUUGUGACGGAGUCUUAUCUGCUGGUUUCGUUUUGCUACUUACCUCUGAUAAAAAUCAUGAAUGAAGUGGACAUCUUGUAACUUUGGACGCGUAGUCGUUGACGAUGGACGCGUAGCUGUUGACGAUGAAGGUUUUGCAUCUUGCUCUUUGGGAAUGUCUGUUUGAAUGUGCUUUCCUGUGAAGUAACAAUUCCAUUGGCAGAGCAACAUUUCAUGAGCGCACAUAUAUUUGCAUAUCUGAGACGUGAAAACAUAUUUCUGGAGAAAACCACUCCAGGAAGUGGUCCCCAUGGUAACCUGUUCGAAAUCGUCCUUAGGCCGGUACUAGUGAACGAUUGUGGAUGGAAUUCCUUGAAGGGUUGUAACAUUAUGUGUGAUUUGACUUUUUUUGUUGAUUGUAACACUGACAGCCAUAUAGUACUUUAAAUGUCAGAGGUUACAAAGGACUUUGUCAAAAUAUAUUUGUGAGCAAUUCAGGGCUUGCCUGUCGAACUACUUAGCACGCACGCUUACAGAGUGAUGUUUAUUUAUCGAGAGACAUUUCAAGGCUUAGUGUGAAGAAUGAGAAAUGAAGACUGAAUGUUUCUCAAGGAAACGAAGUGGAGAAUAAACAAUACUCGUACUGAUUGUUUCUUACUGACGCGUGUUCUGUUAUGAUUUGAUAACUACAUCCCUCCAUGUAGGAUCAUUAUUUAAAUGCCAUGUUGACUGAAUCAACAAAUUGUUAUUUUCUACACCUCAUGGUAGAAUGUAGAUUUGUUUUCUAUACAUUCAAUUUGUUCCUUGUAGAUUUUUUUUUCUUCAAGUUUACACAAUCUACACUCAUUAACAUUGGUUCAUUACUAAAUCUGUUCCAACAUUAUUUAAAUGUUGAACUGUUUACAACAUUAUUAUCAUUAUGAAAUUUGUUAAAAUUUUCAUGACGAUUGGCCAGCUGUGCUUUUUGUGAUUUUGUAGAGCUCUGUGAUUUUACAGCCUAUAAUCUUCCCUGAACCCCCAAUUCGUCGGUAGGAAAUCAGGUAUGCUUUUGGACUUAAGGGUUGAAAGGGCUAGAAUAAACUGAGUCCAAGUUACACGGAAACCUGUCUUCUGUGUGAACUCACAUGCUUUGUUAGUCGGUCAAAGAAACUUAAUGUUUGCAGUAUAUUUAUAUCGAAACUUGAGGGGAUUCUUUUUAAGUAAAAGUGUUGAAAGUGUGAAUUGUGAAGGUAUAAAUUCAUCAGUUGAAAACCUGAACACUUGAAAUUUGGCAAGACAUUUUGAAUGAAAGUAUAUACGAUUUGUACUUUCCCCAUCUUUUCUUUAGGUUGUCGGUUUUAUCACUGGCUACAGUAUCAGUACCGAUGGCCAUUGGUUAACUGGGUAUAUUUGUUCAAGAUCAAUACUCAAUAAUGUGCAUAGAUAAUUAGUACUAAAUAUAUGAUGUAAUUUUUUUGUCUUUAGCAAUAUUAGAGUUCAAAUUUUCCAGCAAAUAAUUCUUGGAAUAAUGAUAUUAAAAAAGACACUAGGUACUGAUAUAAGAUGUAAUCUGUAGAAGGUGACAAUAAGAUCUUUGUGUGAGAGUAGGAGACAGGUUUGCCCGUAUACACUCAGUUUACUGUUAUAUCAUUGGCUAAGUUAUUACAGAUACUUGUUGAGAUUUUCUGGAAAUAUUAUACAUUAAGAAUUAUAUAUAUUAUUAUGAAUAAAGUGGAAUAAGUUCAAAGUAA